AUGGUGGAGUAUAAUCUAGUACGCGCAAGUCUACCAAGAGAAAACACGUGUCAAAAUCCAAUUGAUUAUCUUUCUCAUUAAGACAAUUUAAUUCCGCCACGUGUUUUACUGAAAUAGAUGAUAGUCACCACCAGAAUUCUAACUAACCAAAUUUGCCGUUAAAUUCCACAAAAAUUCAUACGCUUUCUCUCUGUUGUUUGCUUACAAACUAUAAAUAAACUUCAAAUUUAUUCUUCUCCCCCCCACAUUAUUUGUCAUCCUCUCAAAAAAAUAAAAUUAAUUUAGCUCAGCAAAACUUGCGAUCGACAAAAACAAUUCAGAGAAGAGAGAUUUCGCCGGAGAUUCAAUAUUCCGGUGAUUAAUCGCCGGAAAAAUCAGAGCUUCCGAUUAAUUUCAGGAUAGAUAUGAACCGUAGAGAAUCAUCGAGUACGAAAAAAAGAGAGAAAAACGUCAAUGGAGGAGAGAGAAUCGAGCAUGUUACGACAACGACGACGACGAUGAGGAGAGAGAAAAAUUCGGAGAAGAAGAGAUUGGUGAAGUAUGAAGAAUUACCAGAGUAUUUGAAAGAUAAUGAGUUCAUCUUAGAUUAUUACCGUUGUGAAUGGCCGUGGAAAGAAACGUUUCUUAGCGUUUUUUCAUGGCAUAAUGAAACGCUUAACAUUUGGACGCAUUUAGGAGGAUUUCUGAUAUUUGCAGCGAUGGCACUGGCGAGUUUUACGGAGAACACAAUGGGUGACGGACCUGUUUCCAAUUUUUUCAGGACUACUGUUGUGGCGACACCCUUGAUGGCAAUGUUGACGAUGGACUCCAACAACGGCUCAAGGAAUUCCAAUCCCGGUGCACAAUUCAGACACUUAUCAGAUUCUUCAUUGUGGCAUAACAGCGGAGAAGGUACUGAACUGAUACCGAUGUGGCCUUGGUUCGUCUUUUUAGCAGGCGCAAUGUGUUGCUUGGUUUUCAGUUCAGUCUCUCAUCUCCUUGCCUGCCAUUCAAAGCGCCUGAGCCUCUUCUUCUGGCGUUUGGACUAUGCAGGCAUCUCAGUCAUGAUAGUUUGCUCAUUCUACGCCCCAAUCUACUACACUUUCUAUUGCAGACCUAAUUUCAGCCUCUUCUACCUCACUUCCAUCACCAUUCUUGGCAUUCUUGCUAUCAUCACUCUCCUUGCUCCCACUUCAUCCUCCCCUCGUUUCCGUACUUUUAGGGCCUCCCUCUUCCUUAGCAUGGGCUUAUCUGGGUUGAUCCCUGCUGUUCAUGCCGCUGCACUCCAUUGGGAUCAUCCACACGUGUUAGUAGCCCUUGGGUAUGAGGUACUAAUGGGAAUCUUAUAUGCCAUCGGAGUUUGGUUUUACGUCAGCAGGGUUCCUGAACGAUGGAAGCCGGGUGCCUUUGAUCUUGCAGGUCACAGUCAUCAGAUUUUUCACGUGUUCGUUGUUGGUGGUGCCCUUGUUCACAGUGCAGCUAUACAAAUUAUUUUGCACUGGCGACGGGGACUGUCUACUUGCUAUUAGUUUCAGACAACAUGAGCAGGAGCAGAAAAUUCAGUUGUUUGAAUUUUGGUGAGAUACUGUAUUGAUUGCCACACAAGUUUGUAGAUUCAAGGCAUAGAGUGUUUGAAGAAGCUCCAGUAGUAAGUAUUUGCUUGUAUGAAUAGCUAAAACAAGCUUAUUGCUUCUCAGCAACAUAUUUAUUGUGUAAUUGUUUGAUGAAUUUGACGAAGAUAUAUAGUAGUGUAGUAUUUUACCUGUA